AUGACAUUCAAACCCGGAAGCAAGGUGUUGGCGUACCACGGUCCGUUGGUGUACGAGGCCAAGGUGUUGCAGCUGUACGAGGCCGGCAAGACGUUCACGGAGGAUGUUGACGGCCACCACGUCCCGCUCACGGACGCGCUCAGUGAGGAGUUGCGGGUGGACCACGCGUAUUUUCUCCAUUACAAGGGGUGGAAGCCCAAAUGGGACGAGUGGGUUUCGCGGCUGCGGGUGAUGCCCGUGACCGAGGAGACGCUCGCUCUCCAGAAGGAGCUCAAACUGCGAUUGACCAAGAAAAAGGCCGUCCCCGCGGCGGCGGCUGCCGCCGCCGCGACUGGAGGUGCUGGAGCGGGAGGACUGACAACGACGACCACAGGCGGUGCUGGCGACACAAGCAAGAAACGGCCACGUGGCAGUACCACCAACGACGGCCCAGGAUCAAGGGCCAAGGGUACUGGUGGCAGUUCUAGUGGUGGCACUUCAGGUUCGGGCGCCACGGCGGGUGGAGGAGGAACAGGGGCAGGGGGUUCUACGGGCUCCAGCUCCAAACGGAAACGUUCCUCGGGCGCAGACAUCUCGAUCCACAUCACGCCCAAGAUCAAGUACGUGCUUGUAGACGACUGGGAGAACAUCACCAAACAGAAGAUGUUGGUCAAUGUUCCGGCCAAGGUCAGUGCACGGGACAUUCUCGAGGACUACCGCGAGUUUGCAAAGCUGGACGACGAUGUGUCGUCACCACUCGCCCCUCAAGAGCUCAAACAAGAAGCACCACCACCCCAGCUGAGAGGGUUGCGCCAGCGCGCCGCCCAGCAGUCAGGGACACCUGCUGAGACGGUGGACGAAAUCGUUACGGGCUUGGAGACCUACUUCAACCAGGCGCUCGGGUUGACACUCCUCUACAAGUUUGAACGGCUACAAUAUUUAAAAUUACUCAAGGGGCGGCAUGAAGGCGAGUCGGUUGCAUCGAUCUACGGGAUGGAGCACCUUCUUCGGUUGUUCACGAUCCUCCCGGGGUUGAUCGCUCAGACUACAAUGGACCCGGUGAGCAUCAAGGCGCUCACAGCCGAGUGUGACCGCGUUCUACAGUUCAUAGACGACAACAUGGCCAAGUACUCCAACGGGUACAUCAACGUACUGCCGGACUACGAGAACUUGGCCCAGUAG